AAAAAUCUGGAUGGUUUAAUUAUAAUGCGUGCAACACAUGUUGGUCAAGAAACAGCACUAAAACAAAUAAUUCGUUUAGUUGAAGAUGCUCAAACAUCGAAAGCACCAAUUCAACAAUUAGCUGAUAAAGUUGCGGGAUAUUUUGUACCAUUUGUUGUAUCGAUUUCAUUGCUUACAUUAAUCAUAUAUAUUGUUUUGGGUUUUACAAUCUUUGAUACAAUGAAAAAAUAUUCAUCAUAUUAUCAAUCAAUGGAUGAUGAUGGAUCAUCACAUGGUGGACAUUCGACUGAUAUGUAUGGAGCAACAAAAACUGAAAUUAUACUUGAACUUGCUUUUCGUUAUGCUAUUACUGUUUUAUCAAUUGCUUGUCCAUGUGCAUUAGGUUUAGCAACACCAACGGCUGUUAUGGUUGGCACAGGUAUUGGAGCAUCGAAUGGUAUAUUGAUCAAAGGUGGAGAACCACUUGAAUCUGCUCAUAAAAUACGUACAAUUGUAUUUGAUAAAACAGGAACAAUUACAAAAGGCAAACCAACUGUGAUUGAUAAAAGAAUAUUUUUUCAAAAUUCACAUAUGACAUUAGAUCGUAUGUUAGCUAUUGCAGGAACAGCUGAAAGUGGAUCAGAACAUCCAUUAGCUUUAGCUGUACGUAAUUAUUGUAAAGAAUAUUUUGCUACUGAACAAUUAGGUCUUUGUCGUGAUUUCAAAGCUAUUUGGGGAUAUGGUCUUCAAGCUCGUGUUAGUGAUAUUGAUUCUAUUAUAAAUAGUACGAAUUCAAAUUCAUCUCAAACAUAUUCAGUUUUAAUUGGAAAUAGAGAAUGGAUGAAAUGUAAUCAUUUAAAAGUCGAUGAUGGUAUUGAUAAGACAAUGUCUGUACAUGAACAUGAUGGUCAUACAGCAGUAUUAGUAGCAAUAGAUGGUAAAAUAGUUGGUAUGUUAGCUAUAGCUGAUGAAGUAAAGCCAACAGCUGCAUUAACCAUCUAUGCAUUACAAUCACUUGGUCUACGUACCAUUUUAUUAACAGGUGAUAAUGUUAAAACAGCUCGUGCUAUUGCAAGUCAAGUAGGCAUUAAAACUGUUUAUGCUGAAGUAUUACCUACACAUAAGGAACGUUUUAUUGCUAAUUUAAAAGAAAAUGAUAAGUCUCAUGGUAAAAUAGCUAUGGUUGGUGAUGGAAUUAAUGAUUCACCAGCAUUAGCACGUGCUGAUGUUGGUAUUGCUGUUGGUACGGGUGCAGAUGUAGCUGUUGAAGCAGCAUCAAUUGUAUUAAUUCGUGAUGAAUUAUUCGAUGUUGUUGCUGCAAUUAUGCUUUCAAAAAAGACUGUAUGGCGUAUUCGAAUUAAUUUUAUGUUUGCUACUGUUUAUAAUAUAAUUGGUAUUCCAAUAGCUGCUGGUGUACUUCUUCCAGCUGGUGUUCAACUUAUGCCAUGGAUGGCAUCAGCAGCAAUGGCAUUAUCAUCUGUGAGUGUUGUUGUUUCAUCAUUACUUUUACGUUAUUUUAAAAAACCAAGAAUGGAUCAAUUUGAAAAAGAUAGUCGUUAUCGUGAAUGGUCACUAAAUAAAUCAAAUGGAAUUAUUGUUCAUCGUGGUAUUGAUAAUUUACCGCUACAUCGAUCAAAAGGAACAAGUAUUAUAUCAAGUCUUAGAAAUAGUCGAUUGUCACAAAUUGUCGGAGAAUCUAUCUCAGCUAUUAAAAAUGCUAUUAUGGAUGAAAAAAGAAAAGCAACAGUAUUUUUUAGUGAUGAACGAUUUCCUAAUCAGAAUAAAGAAGAAGAAAUGGAAUUACAAAUAUCAGCAUUAUAA